AUGUCCGCUUUCUGCCUAGACCGGCAGACGUCUGCCGUGGUUUCAGCACCACUGGAACUGGACAGCGACUGCAUGGAGCCCCGGGCCAGCCCCGCCGCUCAGGAGCCCGGCGGCUUUCAGGGUCACCCGCUGCGGCACGCCGGCUCCGGAGGCCUCGGUAUGGCCUUGGAGGAGGAACUGGCCAUGCUUACCGGAGAGCGGGACGACGAGGAGGAGCUGUCGGACCUAGAAACGCCUGCGGUGGGGCACAACGCAGACUUAUUGUCGCUCUUCCGUCAAAAGGAAAAAGACUUGGUUUUAGCUGCUAAACUCGGCAAAGCGUUGCUGGAGAGAAACCAAGACUUGACCAAGCAAUAUGAGAAAAUGCACAAAGAUCUCAACGAGAAAUUAGAGCACUUGGAGCAGGAGAAGCAUGAGUUGCGUCGACGUCUGGAAAGUCGAGAGGGGGAGUGGGAGGGCCGCGUGGCCGAGCUGGAGACGGAUGUCCAGCAGCUGCAGGGAGAGCUGGAGCGCCACCAGGUCCAGCUGAGAGAGGCUGACAGGGACAAGACCAAGGCCAUCAGUGAGCUCUCUGAACAGAACCACAGACUGCUGGAGCAACUCAGUAGGGCUGCAGAGGUGGAGAAGCAGCUGUCCACUCAGGUCCAUUCAUUACGGGACGACUUCAGGGAGAAGAGCAUGUCUACAAGCCAGCACAUGACACGACUAGAGACUCUACAGGCUGAGAUUAAGAUGCUGUCAGAGAGGAAGAUGGAGCUGGAGCGCAGGAUGCACGCCAUGCUGGAGGAGAACGAGCUGCUACAGAGUACAGUGGACGACCUCAGAGAGAGGACGCUGGUGUUGGAGAAGCAGUGUCACGAGAAGGACCUACAGUUGCGACAGAGCCAGCUGGAGCUCCAGGAGGUUCAGGUGUCCCACAGGCAGCUGACGGCUCAGCUGGAGGAGCUGACAGAGGAGCACAGCCUCCAAAGCCUCACCCCACACCCAUCCAGCCUGCUGUGUGAGAUAGAACAGAGCAUGGAGCAGGAGGAGCAGGAGCAGGAGAGGGAGCAGUUGCGUCUUCAGCUAUGGGAGGCCUACUGUGAGGUCCGCUCACUCUGCUCCCAUCUCCGGGGAAACGACGUCACGGACUCGGCGCUGUCCACUGACUCUUCCAUGGACGAGUCCUCUGAGACGUCUUCAGCCAAGGAUGUGCCUACGGGCAGCCUCCACACCAGCCUUCUGGAGCUACGGAGGCUAACGCAGAAUCUGCUGGAUGGCAACGAGUCCACGGGCUCACGGCGCAGUGACGAGGAGGCUCUGGAGGAGCAGGUGAGGAAGCUGGGAGAAGAGCUGAGGGAGGCCAGAGAGCUGUACGAAGCUGAGCAGGACAAAACACGCAGAAACGAGGAGGAGCUGCUGCAGCUGCACAAUCAGAUGGCGCUGCUCUCUGUGGAGAUGUGCUCUCUCCGGGAGGAGAACCAGAGGAUGAGGAUGAUGGCUGAAGUCCGAGAACCCAGCGAGCAGCUCCAGAGUGCUAUCAGAGACCGAGACGACGCCAUAGCCAAAAAGAAAGCGGUGGAGAUGGAGCUGGCCAAAUGUAAAAUAGACAUAAUGUCUCUGAAUAGCCAGCUCCUAGACGCCAUCCAGCAGAAGCUCAACCUGUCGCAGCAGCUGGAGGCCUGGCAGGAUGAUAUGCACAGAGUGAUUGACCAGCAGUUGAUGGACAAGCACCAGGACGAGUGGCGCUCGGCCCCCUCCUCCCUGUCAGGGUCAUCGAGGGCCCACGGCGGUCAGUCCUCCAGACGAGCUCACCGCCUUUCUGACCGGGACAAGAGACUUUUCUCUUUUUUCAAAAAGAACUGA